AUGCCCUUGGUAACAAUACUCCCUCAAGACCUACUCGCCGAACAAUCACUAAACCAGCUCUAUACCUGCAUUGUCUACUCAUGUAUCGUAUUUGCCAGCACUCAUUUCGCCAGAUGGAUCGGACAGACGUAUCUGGACGCUGACUUGGAGUGGAAAUUCAACGAGUUGCUCAGUACGUUGGCGAGAUGCGCGUGUCUCUGGCCAGAAGGAAUAAUCCUUGCCCACUACGGCUACAUCGCAAUGUUCAUCACAAUCGUGAUCCACCGAAAACUCGCCGAGUGUCUCAACAGCGGCGCCGGCGAAAACGCAUCAAUUCUCGUCGAAGAGGGUGUCGUUCGCGAUCGAAUGUUCUUCGGCGAUCGUCUUUGGCUCACCGUUAUUCAAAUGUUCACCGCUCUCUUCUCUUAUAUUUAUGCAGCGGAAAAUUUUGGAUACGCGGGCAAAUUGACUGGAUUCCCUGCGUUGGGCAAAUUGUGUCUGUUGAAUGAGACGAUUCCGCUGGUGUUGGUGGGCGUGGCUCAGUUUGUGGGCACUUUCUCAUUGAGAUUCGUUUUGCAUCGAACGGCGACGCCGGAGUUGAAGAAGUAUCAAGCAGGCGUCUACGCGUUUUUCUUCGUUACAAGUCACUAUCUGACCGGUGUCACUGGUCUCGAUCCCAUCCUCUGCCUCGCAAUGGUCUACCCUUGUACCAUGAAACAGGAAAACAUAUUUAUGAAAUACCUUAGUAUCUACUUGUUGUGCGUCAACAGUGGAUACGCAAUCUCUGCUCGUCUAUGCGGUGAAUACCCACUGAGAAGCAUCCAUCGUCAGAGAUUCGAGGUUGCCGAAGAAGCUCGCAUCGCCGCUCGCCCACCACCAUCGCCACCAGCGCCCAAGUUUGUUGGAAAAGGGAAUAGAAGACGUCAAGUGCGAUAA